CGGCAGCCCGUGCAGCAUGCUGGAUCCUGAGGGCAGUGUGGAGCACAAGCCUUCCUCUUCCUUCCCCAAAGUUCUCCUCAUCCCUCUAGCCAUGCUCCUUGCAAUCGCAGCGCUCCUGCUCUUAGCAUUUUCCGCUACGCAGCAGAAAGAGCCCGAUUUUUACACUUUCAAAGUUGUAAACAUCAGGGGCAAACUAGUUUCUCUGGAGAAAUACAGGGGCUCGGUGUCACUAGUUGUCAACGUUGCCAGUGAGUGUGGGUACACAGACAGCCACUACAAGGCCUUGCAACAGUUACAGAGGGACCUUGGCCCCUACCAUUUCAAUGUGCUGGCUUUCCCCUGCAAUCAGUUUGGGCAGCAAGAACCAGACACUAACAAAGAAAUUGAAAGUUUUGCACGAAAGACUUAUGGUGCCUCCUUUCCUAUGUUCAGCAAAAUUACGGUCAGCGGAGCCGGCGCAAUUCCUGCCUUCAAGUACUUAAUUGAUUCUACAGGAGAAGAACCAACCUGGAACUUCUGGAAAUACCUGGUGGACCCCAAUGGAAAAGUAGUAAAGGCCUGGGACUCUACUGUCUCUGUUGAAGAAAUAAGACCUUAUGUUACAGAACUUGUAAGGAAAAUCAUCCUGAAGAAGAAAGAUGAAUUAUGACUUUCAAAAAUCUGAGCAUGCCAAUCACAUCUUUAUUGAGAAGUAGAACUGGAGCUUGUAUUUUCACAUUCCAAAAGAGUACAUGGGGAAGGGAAAUCAUGACCAGUAGAAUCUAUAUUAAUGAUCCUAAGAAUGUAGAAAUAAAGCAAGCUAUCAUGGUCAAAGUAAUUUAAAUCUUUUCUCCAACUGAAUGAAAUCUGACCUUUCUGGGAAAGAAGUAGUCAACAGCAAUUGUUUCAUUCUCAAUUCAAAUUAUUAAUUGUUGGUGACAUCAUAGGAAAUCACUUCAUGCACCUCUAGGAAGAAGGUUCAGAAUAAUGAGAAUUUCCUGAUGAGGAUAUCACUGACAUCUACAAUUCUGUUGUAAUAUUUUGAUAGUGAAGUGCAUUAAAAAAUAAAGAAUAAUAAGUGCAUGAUGGAAUUAAGGCAUGUGCUAGGAAGAGGGCCAAACCAGAUGCCUUCAAACCAAGCAGACAGAGAUACAUGUGUUUCUAGUUUCCAAGACCAAAUAAAUUUAAUUUCACUUGCCUAGAAAGUCUGUUAAAAAGAGCCAAGGGAAAAGACUUCUGUAAAAUGUAAAUGAAAGAAAUCUGAUGACAAAGUCUCUGUAUAAAUUCUCCAAAAUCUAUGAGAAGGAUUUCUACUUUUUUUUACCCAAUAAAGAUUAUCAGGAAAUGUUUAA